AUGCCCUCCGAGACCUCCCCCCUUAUCUCUCCCACCCCGACCUCAAACGGCGUGGGCAACACGCACGCCGCCCCACAGAGGACGUACACGAACGGCGACCGCGAGGUCGAGGUCUGGAAACCGGGCAAGUCUGGAUUCUGGGCGACCCUGUUAAACACACUGGGCGAUCUGAUCGGUACUGGGCUGCUCGCUACGCCCAUCGCCAUCGCGCAUGCGGGAUGGGUGUGUGGCCCGCUUGCGCUUGUGAUUGUGUGCGGCGUUACGCUUUGGACGCUUAAGAUCCUCCUCCGGAUCAUCGAGAAGGACCGCCGCCUGCGCAACUUCACCGAUGUGAUCGGGUACGCUCUCGGCACUAGGGGCGAGGCGAUCGUGACCUUCCUCUUCGUAAUCGAGGUGUGCGCGUGGGUCAUUGCGCUCAUCGUCCUGUUCUCCGACUCGCUCGCCCUCGUGCUCCCCCAAUACACGUCUGACCAGUGGAAGCUGCUCGGCCUUCUGUUCAUCGUGCCGACGACGUUCCUGCCUCUGCGGUACCUGUCCUUUUCGAGCGGUCUCGGCAUUCUCUCGACGUGGCUCCUUGUUGCUAUUCUGAUCUUUACGGGCCUCGUGAACCCCAAGGCUCCGGGAAGCAUCCGCGACCCGGCGCCGACGGAUCUCUGGCCCGCGCACGGGUUCUGGAAACUGUGCUCUGUCUUUGGCCUCCUCAUCUCCGGAUUCGGCGGACACGGCCUGAUUCCCAAUCUGAUCCACGACAUGGCGGACCCGCACCAGGCCGACCUGGUGUGCGACUUUUCCUACGCGGUCGCCAUGGCCGUGUACGUGCUGGUGGCCGUGUUCGGGUAUCUGAUGUAUGGGCGGGACGUGUCUGACGAGAUUUCCAAGGACCUCGCACGCACGCCGGGCGUGACCAAGGCGCUGAGCGCGUUUGCCGUGUGGAUGGUCGCGCUGAACCCUUUGACCAAGAUUGCAUUGGGCAUCAGGCCUUUGGCCGAUAUGAUCUUCACGCGCUGGGGGCUGCACAAGACCGAGCUUGUCCCGCUGGGCGCGCCGACGCCGCGAUACGUCACGCGCCCGCCCUCGCCGGUGUCUGAGGCAGAGAUCGAGAAUACGGAGAACACGGCGGUCGGGAACUUGCUGCAGGACGAGCAGGACGCGCAAUCGGCAGCAUACCAGCGCGCACUCCGCGAUGCCGAGGCGGUCAACGAGAGCGGCUUCAGUGCGUACGUCGACGCGUCCCGUCGGGUAUGA